AUGGAUCAAGGAAUAGGACAGCCACAUCCAGAUAUAUACGUGCGGUCACCUAGCGAGGACUUGUUAGAUGGAAAUGCUAGUAGAACGAUGUUUGGCGAAAUUAGAACAUCUUUAAGGCUGUCAUCAAUAGGCGAUGCAGAAAGCAUCCAGUCAUUCAGGACAGGCAUGAGCCAGAGGAGACGGCGGCCAUCGACAAAGAAGAGUUCGUCUACGGGUAAAUCGAGCGAAACCUUAUCGUUAAAAAUGCAAAAGAAUCAUAACACAUCGGGGCCGAAUACGCCAGUUAUAGAAGAAACGUCGUUUAUUAAUAAAGCUACAAAAGAGCAUAAUUUUGAAGCAUUAAAGGAAGGAUUGGGGUUUGCAUUAGGGACAGCUGAGACGGGAGCCAACUGGUUUCCUGUAACACCGGAUCCAAAAUCGGGGUCUGAGAAAAAUCAGAAUGGGUCAUCAGAUAAUCUCUCACAAGAUCUCACAUCUGCUACAGACGAAGGGUACACGGACACGAUUCAGCUAGAUAAUUUAAGUACUGGACGGAUAAAUAAUCACUUUAAUCGAGAUACCAAUAAAUCGGCAUAUUUAUCUCCAUUUGACGAUCCAACACACUACCAACCCGACUAUGGUCCUACUACGCCUACUUCAGACAUGGAAUUUAGUUUUAAUGAUACUACUAAUCCUGAUCUUUUAGAAGCGGGUCACUUGACGCCUACAUCAGGAUCGGCUCCACCGCAUUCUAAAAUAUCGAAUGUGCUUACCAGAUUGUCUGAUCGUAUUGCAGGAAAUAGGACGGGAUCCUCUCCAACGGCAACAUCUCCAUCGAAGAGCUCUAGACGCUUGAGUACGUAUAGUGAAGGCGAAAGCCCUGUAUCUCCAAUGAGAAUGACUCUGUUUUCGCAGCAUGGGUCUGAUUCAGCUUCCAAUAAUAAUGGAUCUGAUUCUGCCUCCAAUAAUAAUAAUGGGUCCGAUAACGCUUCUAAUGAUCCGCAUUAUUUACCAGAUGUCACUGUGACUGAUGAAUUUCAAAAUGAAAAUUAUCUUCAAGGGACGAAUGCAUCAGAGGGCCUUGGGCUCUUUUUGAAUAAGGAUUCAUAUUUGAGUACAGAUUCCUUACGAAAUAACAACCCACAACCAUCACCUGUCACAUCUUCACAUAAUCCAUUACUACUGCAGCUAUCUCCUGAGAAAUUAGACACAGAAAAUAACAAUUUACGCAAACCAAUUAAAAAAGGUACGUUUACUGAUACUAGGACUAUGUAUUUUUUUGGAAAAUCUUUGAAAAUUUUUUCACCACAGUCUAGUGUACGUCUUCUUUGUCAUAAGAUUCUGUCAAACCGGUCAACUAAUUUACUUCUAUUGGUUUUGCUUGUUUUACAAACUGCACUACUUUCAUACAGGCAAUGGAACCCCAUGCAUUUAGGUGGGUAUUAUUACGCAGGAUAUAACUGGGCUGAUUACAUUUUGAUUGUCAUUAACAUAGUUUAUACCAUCGAGGUAUUCGCCAAGAUUAUUGCAUAUGGGUUUAUUGAUGAUCAUGCUAUGUUUAAAGAAUUGGGCUUACUUUAUCCCGAAAAUGACGUUAAAAUUAUGUACUCUAAUCUGAAAUACAUCAAAGGUUUUCUACGUAUGUUAGGAUUAUUGAAAUUUGCUGCAAAAAGAAGUGGCGACAAGAAUAUUCCUCCACAACACAUGAAAAAUUCAUUCGAUGGAUUGAAUGAUUCUAGUGAUGAUAUUGAUGUAAAAGAAAUUAAUCUUGGUGAAGACGCACCUACAAACACUGAUCUGCCAGAACAUAAAAGUAGUAAUCCAUUCGUGGAUCCUUCGAUGAAUAUCCAAAAAAAAUACAGCGAUACUAACUUGCAUGAUGAAACAUCGACUAAUAUUUUAGAAGAACAUGAUAGUGAUAGUCUGGAUUUAGUUGACGAACCUGUUUUGGAUUCACAAAGGUUUGAUGUAAAGAAUACACUUUUAUUGUCGAAACCAAGAGGGAGAAAUAUUGACCAACUUCAUUUAAAAAGAGCAUUCCUUAGAAAUAGUUGGCAUAGAAUAGAUUUUCUUUCUAUGAUAUUCUUCUGGAUGUCGUUAUUUUUAUCAAUUAAUGAAUAUGAUAGUAAACAUCAUAUCAUGCUAUUUAGAGCUUUGAGUUGUUUAAGGAUUUUAAGAUUGUGUAAUUUGACUACUGGUACCACAACUAUAUUGACGGCUUGUAAAGUAGCUAUUCCACAAUUAAUUGAUGUUUCAAUUUUUAUUUGCUGUUUCUGGUUAUUCUUUGGAAUCAUUGGUGUCCAAUCUUUCAAGUCUUCUUUCACAAGACAAUGUGUCUGGUUUAACCCGAAUGAUUCUAAUGAUACUUACAUUAACGAGGGACAAUAUUGUGGGUCUUACAUCGGCUUAGAUGGAAAAGCUAUGCCUUACAUUCUAAGAGAUGGGCUGCAUUCAAGUACAAAAAAGGGAUUCACAUGCCCUAAAUACUCAAAAUGUAUAAGUGACAAAAAUCCUUAUGGUGGAACUGUAAACUUCGAUAAUAUUCUUCAAUCGAUGGAAUUAGUGUUUGUAAUCAUGAGUGCUAACACGUUCACUGAUUUGAUGUAUGAUACAAUGAACUCAGAUAAUAUGGCUGCCUGUCUAUUUUUUAUAUUUGCCAUCUUUAUUUUAACAGUUUGGUUAAUUAAUGUUUUUGUCGCUGUAAUUGUUGCAUCCUUUACUAUUACUAGAAGAGAGGCUGCUGAAGAGAAGAAACAGCAAAAGAAUGGUAAUAAAACGUGGAAGAUUUUCGGUUCAGCAAACCAGGAAGUAUCUUUACACACAGAGAGAUUAAAUUUGCUCAAGAAGCAAAACGUAUUCUUGAAGUAUUAUUAUAAAUUUGAGUUCAUAUUUGUGAUCCUCAUAUUUGUCAGUUUAUUUGUUCAAUGCUUUCGCGAUUUUAAUAUGAACAAUAAUAUGCGUCAUAUUUUGUAUCGAUUUGAAGCUAGUAUUACAGGGAUACUCCUUGCUGAGAUAGUACUUCGUCUUGGUUUUCAUUUUCCAAAUUGGAGAUUAUUUUUCAUCUCCAGAAGAAAUUGUUUUGAUUUAUUCUUAGCUGUCAUUACAACAAUAAUUAUCAUUGGGCCAAUCAAAGAAAAGCUAGGCCAUGCUUAUUAUUGGUUGACCAUCUUCCAAUUAUUGAGAUUCUAUAGGGUGGUCUUGGCUACAAAUAUAACAAGAAAGCUCUGGUUGAAGAUAAUGGGUAAUUUCAAAGCGAUUUUUGAUUUAACAUUGUUCUUUUUCAUUCUUACAUUCUUAGCUAGCAUUAUCACUUCCAGGUUUUUCGAAGGCACUAUACCGAAGGAUGAACUUGAUGAUAUUGAUUUUCCAAUGCAUACUCUACCAAAUGCGUUUAUUGCUCUUUAUGUUAUUACAUCAACAGAAAAUUGGACAGAUAUUUUAUAUGCUCUACAGGAAUUCUCUUCGACAACGUCUUCGAGAGCUUUUGGUGCAAUGCUUUUAAUAGGGUGGUUUAUAAUAUCCAAUAUGGUUAUUUUGAAUAUUUUUAUUGCGGUUAUUGCUAGAACUUUAGAAGUGUCUGAAGAAGGUAAGAGAAAACAACAGCUAAUUCAAUUUAUCGACAAUAUGACAGAAAGGUUACAAAAUCUAGAACAUGAGCCAGGAAUGUUGACAAAAAUGAAGAAUAAAUUAUUUGGAAAGAGAGGCGUAAAGCAUGAAUUAGAGAAGGCUGUUGUUAAUUUGCUUUUGAGUGGUACCGCGGUAAAUGAUUUUUUAGAGACAGAAGCUAAUGACGACGAUGUAAAUGAUGAUACAGAAAUUAAAAACUUACCCAAUUCUUCUUGGAAAAGAUGGUUUCAGGUUAAUUAUUGGCGUACAAAAAGUUUUUUUAGAAACCCAUUCUAUGCAUCGAAAAGUAAGAAACCUGAAAUUACCAAUUUUGAUCCUGCUCAUUUUGCACAAAACAUUAUUUCAGAGAGAAAUAUACUUAUUUCAAAACAGAAUAAAUUCUUGAAAGAAAAUCCAAAAUUCAAUAACGUUUUUUACGUCAUGGGGCCACGUCAUAGACUAAGAAGAAUGUGCCAACGUCUUGUUAAGUCUAGUUAUGGUGAAAGAAUUGACGGAGUAGAACCAAAUAAAACAGUUUCUGAAACUUUCAUAGUGGUAAUGUUUUUAGCUACGAUAGGAUUGGUUGUUACAGCCUGUUAUCUUACACCAUUAUUCAGGAAAGAAAUGACUUCCAAAUAUGGCUAUAUGAAUUUCACAUUUUUUCUUGAAAUUGGGUUUGUUGCGUUAUUCACAAUUGAAUUCUUUAUUCGAAUUAUUGCGGAUGGAUUGAUAUUUACACCUAAUGCCUACUUGAGAUCUUCUUGGAAUUUUAUUGAUGUAAUAGUCUUAAUUUCAUUAUGGAUUGAGUUAAUUGCUACUUUAAAAAAUGAUGGAAAUCUAUCUAGGAUUGUUAGAGGAUUGAAAGCCUUAAGAACCUUGAGACUUUUGACUAUUAGUGAAACUGCAAAAAAUAAUUUCCAUAAUACUAUUAUUUCAGGAUUCUGGAAAAUUAUUAAUGCUGCCAUCAUUUCUCUUUGUUUAUUAUUCCCUUUCGCAAUUUGGGGUUUAAACAUUUUCAAUGGUAGAUUAGGAUAUUGCAUUGACGGUGAAUCUUAUGAAUCGGGUUGCAUUCAUGAAUAUGAGAAUCAAGUAUUUAAUUGGAAUGUUAUGAGUCCUAACGUGUAUACUAAUCCGUACUUGGAAUUUGAUGAUUUUGGAACUUCCUUCUCAUCAUUGUUUCAAAUUAUUUCGUUAGAGGGAUGGGUGGAUUUAUUAUUGGAUGUGAUGAAAAUUACGGGUGUUGGCACCCCACCUGAAGAUUUUGCAUCCCCGUUUAAUGGCUUUUUUGUUGUCUUAUUUAACUUUACGAGUAUUGUAUUUAUUUUGACGUUAUUCGUCUCGGUUAUUAUCAGUAACUAUUCAAAGACCACUGGUAGGGCAUAUAUGACGAAAGACCAAAUUUCUUGGUAUCAGGUCAAGAAAUUCUUAGUACAGGUUAGGCCUUCAAAAAGAAAGGACUUUAAUCUGUUAUCCUUCUUUCAGAAAUUUUGCUACUCCAUGACUGUGGAAAAAAAUACGUAUUGGCAUGAGACAUUGAAUUUUGUUUUGCUAAUGCAUGUAUUGGCUUUGUUAUUAGAAUGCUUCCCUUCGUAUGAUGGGUUAGAUACAUUCAGAGCUGUGAUUUAUAUGAUUACAGCGCUGUUGUUUUUGAUUAAUGCACUUAUGUUAUUUAUUGGACAAGGUGCCAGGACUUUCAUUAGAUAUAAAUGGAAUGUCUUUAAUCUUGUUGUUUCUUCAGGAGCAUUCUUGACUACAAUUAUUGCAUUUUUUGUGAGUUCGGAAAAUCCAUUCCUCAAUUUCAAUAAAUUGUUCUUGGUAGGUAUUUUAACGUUUAUUAUUCCUAGAAGCAAUAGAUUGAGUGAAUUGUUGAGGUUUGCUUCGGCUAGUUUACCUACAUUGCUAUCUUUAUCGUUCACGUGGAUUAUUGUCUUCUUGGUCUUUGCUAUAGCUAUGAAUCAAAUUUUUGGAUUAACGAAAGUGGGUCCUAAUACGUCGAAUAAUAUCAACUUGAGGUCAGUUCCAAAAGCCCUAAUUUUGCUUUUUAGGUGUAGUUUUGGGGAAGGUUGGAACUUUAUUAUGGACGAUUUUGCAUUAGUUGAACCAUAUUGCUCAUCAAUCGAUAGUAUGGAUGAUAAUGAUUGUGGUAGUAGGCAAUAUGCUUAUAUUUUGUUUAUGCUGUGGAAUGUGGUAUCGAUGUACAUAUUUUUGAAUAUGUUCGUUUCAUUGAUUAUUGAUAGUUUCAGUUACAUUAAUAAUAGGUCUUCAUACAGCCAUUUAAUUAAGCGAGAGGAGAUACGAAAGUUUAAAAGGGCGUGGCAGAAAUUUGAUCCAGAAGGAUCGGGAUAUAUCAGGCCAUUUGAUUUACCAAGAUUUUUGCAUUCAUUGGAUGGUGCUUUAGCCUUUCAUUUUUACUCAGGUUCACUUGAAAUUCCUGUAUUAUGUCGCCAAUGGUUCAAACGUAAUCAAAAAGAUGAUCCAUAUGAUAUAACUGUGAAUUAUAAAGCAAUUGAUCAAACCUUAAGUUUAAUGGAUGUUCCUAGGAUUAGGGAGAGACGCAAAGCGUACGAAAGAUUCAUGGAAGAAGCUAUCAUGAAUAUGGAACUUAAUGGUGAUCCUGGAAUUUCAUUUACUAGAAUUAUCUUGCAGUUACCAUUGUAUGCAUCAUUUGAAGCUGGCCAGUGUCUUAACUUGAUUGACUUCUUGGACCGUCGUCUUUUGGUGCAAAAAGUCGAAAAAAGAUUACAUACUAAGAGGGUAUAUGAAACAAUCGCUUCAUACGCAUGUCGCUGGAAAUAUGUUAACAAUAGGAACCAAGGUAUUAGAGAUACUAAUAUAGAUUUCAGCAACGGGAUUAAAAGAAAUAGCUAUUUAGCUAAUGAAAACUUGGAAGUUAAUGCCCCUUCUAUAUUUGUUACGGAUACCAAUGACAGCUAUGAUUCGUUUGAUAAGGAGGAAGAUGAGACAGUUCCCUUAACAAAGUCUGCAGGUUAUAUGGAAGAGGAUGAUAAUGAAAAUGGUGGGACAACAAGUGGAGUAUAUGUUCCAAAAUCACCAUUGCAUAUUUACAACUCCAGAAACAGAGCACAUAAUCAUGAAUCCCCAGAAAAAAAGCCUAAAAGUAAAACACCGCCGAAGUUAUAUAUUCAAAUACCGACAUCACACAUGAGAUCAGGAGGUACAAGUCCUACGAGUCCUAUUGAUGAUGCGAUUAAUAUAUCACCGUUUUUAAACUCUGCUAAGAUCGAUGAUGACACAUUGACUGAAGCUAACGUUUCCUUGAUAGAUCUUUCGAAUCUUAGUGAGACAUUAGAGAAUUCUCAAUGGGGUGAUGCAUUCAGAGAAGUUCAAUCAGAUAGAAAAACUGAAAAUAAUAAGGAUGCAAAUAAAGAGGAAUAG